GCCACCAUAUAGAAUGCCGAUAACGUAAUCGUCCAUUUUAGCGUUUCAUCUUUAUGUAUCUUCGUUAAAAUAGCGAGCGGGCCACUUAUGAUGUACGUAACGAUGCUAACAACGUCGAGCCAUCGAAAUCCGGAAGCGCAUUAUUCCCGCGUUUUAAGGAUUUAUAAUUUCAAACGGAAUACGCACGCGAGACAAUCGGACAGAGCCGCGAACACAUAAUCGAAGCUCGUACGCCGAGCGAAAAUGUGUCUUCCCGGCAAACGAAAGGAAUAAUGAGCGAUAAAACUCACAUGCUUGCGCAAGAGAGGGGCAUCUCUUAUCUCCGGCAAGAGCAGGACAGCAAACGAGCUAAUAACGCCUCGUUCCUUACUAGAGAGCCGAUCUUCCUCUAUUCCCUAAGCCGAGCAGGUGUGCGGUCAAACGUCGUUUCGUUCGCGCGUUCAGUUGGAAUUUCUAGCUUGAGCCGUUAGGCACCGGGACAAGAGUAACGCGAGCUUUUACCUCAGCUUCCCGACGAUACUUACCCAACCCUUCAUCUUAUAACAGUAGCUCAAAGGGAUCCUGAUAUCAUCAUCCUUUUAAGAUGGGAGCUUUGUUCAGGAGCGAGGAGAUGGCCCUGUGCCAGCUUUUCAUUCAGCCGGAGGCUGCUUAUCUCUCAGUAUCGGAACUCGGCGAGACUGGCACCGUUCAAUUUCGCGACCUGAACGGCGACGUAAACUAUUUCCAACGUAAAUUCGUGAAUGAAGUACGGCGAUGUGAUGAGAUGGAGCGAAAACUGCGCUACAUUGAAGCGGAGGUGAAGAAAGAUGGGGUGCCCAUUGAGGACAAUCUUACAGAGUUGCCGCGUGCACCCAAUCCACGAGAGAUCAUUGACCUCGAGGCUCGAAUAGAGAAAACGGAGAACGACAUACUCGAAUUGAGCCAGAAUGCCGUGAACUUGAAAAGCAACUACCUCGAGCUCAUGGAGCUGCGUCACGUGCUGGAGAAGACCCAGGUCUUUUUUACGGAGAAUCAAGGUUCGCUUCUUCUUCUGUACCAACAGGAAGAGGCUAACGACUCCAUUACUCGUGCCCUUAUCAAUGAGGAGACCCAGAUCCAGAACGCUACCGGACGCGGCCGCCUCGAAUUCGUAGCGGGUGUGAUAAACCGCGAGCGGAUGCCGGCUUUCGAGCGAAUGCUUUGGAGAAUAUCCCGAGGCAAUGUCUUUCUGCGUCAGGCGAGUCUGGAAAAGCCCCUGGAGGAUCCCAGCACGGGCAACGAAAUUUACAAAACCGCUUUUGUAGCCUUUUUUCAAGGCGAGCAACUGAAAAGCCGCAUUAAAAAGGUCUGCAGCGGUUUUCACGCAUCCCUUUAUCCCUGCCCAAGUAGCCAUGGAGAGCGAAUGGAUAUGGUUAAAGGAGUUCGUACACGGCUAGAAGAUUUAAAUUUAGUAUUGAAUCAAACGCACGAUCAUCGUCAACGCGUUCUUCACAAUGUUGCCAAAGAAUUGCCAAACUGGACAAUUAUGGUGCGUAAGAUGAAGGCGAUUUAUCAUACAAUGAAUCUUUUUAACAUGGACGUAUCGAAGAAGUGUCUUAUUGGAGAGUGUUGGGUGCCAAUGGCCGAUCUAACCAUUGUGCAAAAUUGUUUGAGCGAAGGAUCGCGGCUCUGUGGCAAUUCCAUUCCUUCGUUUCUCAACGUAAUUCAUACGGAUGAGGAUCCGCCUACAUUUAACAGAACAAAUCGAUUUACACGAGGUUUUCAAAAUUUAAUAGAUGCUUAUGGUGUCGCAUCUUAUCGCGAAGCAAAUCCCGCACUUUACACCAUCGUCACAUUUCCAUUUCUCUUCAGUAUAAUGUUCGGUGAUGCUGGCCACGGACUCAUAAUGUUUUUAUUCGGAGCUUAUAUGGUUGGCUGGGAAAAGAAAUUAUUGGCCAAAAGAUCGACCAACGAAAUUUGGAAUAUAUUUUUCGGUGGUCGGUACAUCAUCCUUCUUAUGGGCUUGUUCUCUAUAUACACAGGUAUCAUCUAUAACGAUGUGUUCUCUAAAUCCGUUAAUGUAUUCCGAUCCAAUUGGUACGUCAACGAUAAUUACACCCUCGAUAUCAUUCAAAAAUCCAAGAUGAUAACGCUAGAUCCAAAGGAUUCUUACGUACAAUAUCCCUAUCCCGUUGGCAUGGAUCCAGUGUGGAUGUUGGCAGAGAACAAGAUUAUAUUUUUAAAUUCAUAUAAGAUGAAACUUUCGAUAAUAUUUGGCGUUGUUCACAUGAUUUUUGGCGUUUGCAUGAGCGUCGUCAAUAUUGUGCAUUUCAAGAAAUACGCCAGUUUCUUCCUAGAGUUCCUACCACAACUUAUAUUCUUGCUACUACUUUUUGCAUACUUGGUGUCUCUUAUGUUUAUCAAGUGGGUUAUAUAUAGUGCAUCGAAUAAAGGGAGAUAUUCGGAAAGCUGCGCCCCAUCAAUUCUAAUAACAUUUAUCAAUAUGAUGCUCUUUGGGAGCUCCAAGGUUCCACCCGGCUGUGAUGAAUUUAUGUUUACCGGGCAAGCUGUGCUUCAGAAAGUUUGCGUUUUCUCCGCUCUCGCCUGCAUACCAUUAUUACUUUUUGGAAAGCCACUUUUCGUAUUGUGCACGAAAAAGAACGCCAAGGGUAAAGUUUAUACGAAUGGCUCAGCCUCCCAUCAAGACAUCGAGCUUCAAACGAGCAAUGGUUCGGCAAGCCCGAGCAACGCUACUGCCACCGUUCACGAGGAUCAUGACUCCUUCGGCGAGAUAAUGAUUCAUCAGGCGAUCCACACGAUCGAGUAUAUUCUCUCGACGAUAUCGCACACGGCCUCGUAUCUAAGAUUGUGGGCCUUGUCGCUCGCGCAUGCUCAGCUUUCCGAGGUAUUAUGGAACAUGGUGCUCCACUUUGGCCUGGGAGCCGAGGGAGACGACUGGACCAAAUCCCUGUUCCUUUUCGUGGCAUUUGGAGCCUGGGCAUUUUUCACCCUAGCGAUUCUAGUUAUGAUGGAGGGUCUGUCUGCCUUCCUUCACACGCUGCGUCUUCAUUGGGUCGAAUUUAUGAGCAAAUUUUACGAAGGACAAGGCUACGCGUUUCAACCAUUCUGUUUCAAGACAAUUCUUGAUGCGGAAGACUCAUCGGAACAGGACUAAGAUCGAAGAGGAAGUGAAAUGAAGUCCGGAAAACUCGUUAAUUGAAAUCGCUAGUGAGAACGAGCAGGUUUCGAGGGCCAAUUUUUUCUCUCGAAUAGUCGCUAAAGAUUUUCGUGCAUUCGACAGACGUAGACACGACGUGUGCUUGCUUACUCAAAGAGACUGAUAUCUUCCGGAUUCUGUACGUCAAUUUCCGAUUGCUCUUGUAUAUGAAAUAUUUUUUUAUAAUUACUUUCCUUUCGAUAAUUUUUCA